AUGGCCACCAUGAGCGAUACUAUUGCUAUGACGGCUGUCAUCUCAACCCAAGAUGACGGUCCAUCACAAAUUCGGGAGAGCCUCGAGAUGGCCGCCCUCGGCCAAGGCGCCUCCCCAGAACCCCCAUCGUCACCAGAACCCUCAUCGCCACCAGAAUAUCCCACCGGCGCCAAGCUCUGGCUCAUACUCGUCACCGUGGCCGCCGUCCUCGUGCUCGCCUGCAUCGACAUGAACAUCCUGCCCACCGCGCUGCCCGCCAUCACGAACCACUUCCACACCGUCCGCGACGUCGGGUGGUACGCCUCGGUCUUUCGCCUGUGCGUGUGCGCCUUCCAGUUCGUCUUUGGCCGGGCCUACGCGCUCUUCUCCGUCAAGCGCGUCUUCCUCGCCGCCAACGGCGUCGCCAUGGCCGGCGGCCUGCUCUCCGGCGCCGCCACCUCGUCGCGCAUGCUCGUCGCCGGGCGCGCGCUCGCCGGGCUGGGCUCGUCGGGCCUCUUCGCGGGCUGCUUCAUCAUCCUGGCGCAGUCGCUCCCGCUGCACCGGCGGCCGCUGCUGCUCGGGAUCAUGGGCGGCGUCGAGGGCGUGGCGGCGUGCGCGGCGCCGCUGCUGGGCGGCGCGCUGACGCAGUCGCUGGGGUGGCGUUGGUGCUUCUACGUCACGGUGCCGAUUGGCGCUGCGACGCUCGUCUGCACGUGGCUUUGCUUCUCCGACGCGGCCAAGCCGGAGGAGGUGGCGCGCAUGAGCCUGCGGCAGAAGCUGGUGCAGCUGGACCUGCUCAGCAAUUUGAUCUUCUUGCCGUCGCUGACCAGUCUCUUCCUGGCGCUGUCGUGGGCGGGCACCAAAUACCCAUGGAGCGACGGGAGAGUGAUUGGGACGCUCGUCACAUUCGCUGUGCUUUUGGCUGCGUUCAUUUACAAUCAGAUGCGUCGCGGUCGAGCUGCCACGCUGCCUCCUCACAUCAUGAGGCACCGAACAGUCAUUGCAGGGAUGGUAUUUAUCCUUUGCAUGAAUAGUGCAGACAGCAUCCUGGACAAUUAUUUACCGACUUACUACCAAGUCGUUCGGCAUUAUUCGCCCGCGAAAAGCGGCUACAUGAUGCUUCCCAUCAUUGUCGGUGCCAUUAUCGGCUCCCUGAUCCAUGGCGCGGGCACGAGUGCCUUUGGCUAUUACGCUCCAUUCAUGCUAUUCGCGUCCAUCUUGGGGCCCAUCGCGCUGGGUCUGACGACAACCUUUAGCGCCGACACCAACUUUGUGCAGCUAAUCGCCUACAGCUUCAUGUUUGGGCUAGCGUAUGGCAUCGGCUUCUUGGGGCCGCAGAACGCCGUCCAAACAGCCCUCGCUGCGGAAGACAUUCCCUUGGGUCUGUCUGUGAUACUGUUUGCGCAGUCGUUUGGACCCGCGGUGGCUGUGACGGUAGCGCAAGUCCUUUUCUCUUCCAAACUAUCGUCUAGCCUCGGCCGUCUCAACGUUGGCUUCAACCAGACAGAAAUGGCGGAGAAGGGCUUGCUGGAAAUCUUUCAGGACAUUCCUUCGGAUGGCAUUGGAAAGGCCCUGGAUGGCUUUGAGGAGAGCAUUGCGAGAGCGUGGUAUCUUGCGGUGGCUUUUGCUUGCAUGACCAUGGUUGGCACCUUGCUCGUGGAAUGGAAGUCGGUCAAAACUAAGAAAGAGUAA